CAUCCCGCCUGCCCCGGUUUCCAGCAACCUCUCCGUAAAAUUAGCGAAUACUGCAGCAAGAGGUGGCCGUGGUCGCGCGUGUGCGUACGCGUAUGGUGUAUAUGUGUGUGUGCGCGUGUGUGUCUGUCCCGGUCCAGAGGAAAGAGCAAGCGGAGAUUAAUAUUUACCAAAAAAAGAGCCUCUCAUCUGGUUGGCGACAGACACUCUUCUUGUUUCCCAACAGAGAUGGCAGCCAUUCGGAAGAAGCUGGUGAUUGUCGGGGAUGGAGCUUGCGGAAAAACAUGUCUUCUAAUUGUUUUCAGUAAAGACCAGUUUCCUGAAGUCUACGUCCCAACAGUGUUUGAGAACUACAUCGCUGAUAUCGAGGUCGAUGGAAAGCAGGUGGAGUUGGCACUGUGGGAUACUGCAGGCCAAGAGGACUACGACAGGUUGAGGCCUCUCUCCUACCCGGACACAGAUGUCAUCCUCAUGUGCUUCUCCAUUGACAGCCCUGACAGUUUAGAAAAUAUCCCUGAAAAGUGGACACCUGAGGUGAAGCACUUCUGUCCCAAUGUUCCCAUCAUUCUGGUGGGGAACAAGAAGGACCUGAGGAAUGAUGAGCACACACGGAGAGAGCUGGCCAAGAUGAAGCAGGAGCCGGUGAAGACAGAGGAAGGCAGAGACAUGGCCGGCAGGAUCAGUGCUUUUGGCUACUUGGAGUGCUCUGCCAAGACCAAGGACGGCGUGCGGGAAGUGUUCGAGAUGGCCACUAGAGCGGCGCUGCAGGUCCGUAAGCGCAAGAAGAGAAGCGGCUGCACACUGCUGUGAGCAGUUCAAACACCAUGAAAUCAACUGACCAAUUGGAGAAAAACAAAACACACGAAAAGGACCGACCUUUUACCAAAUGGCAUUUUUGUACUGUAUCUCCCAUUUCACAAUAACAGGCAGGCAGAUGAAUCGAACGCAAACAUACCUAAUACAGGAAAUGGACUUUGUCUAUAUUACAAACGUGGUUAGAAAUUGAUGUUUAAAGUUUCUUCUUGAUUUGCAUUCUUUUUUUUUUUUCCAAAAUCUGUCUUUACACAUAGUUUUCCUACUUGUUUUUCAUUUAUAUUUGUAAUGUAAUGAGGCAGUGAUAGAUGCACAUAUUUGUAUACAAUAUUGUUCUUCACAAGCCCGGGUGAGCAACAUCCUUCUUAGUUUGUAUAAAGUCUUCACGAAUAAGGUCUUGUCCAAACAGUCCGAGCGCCCUGUUAGCGUCAGUUCUGUGUAUCAUGGUAGCAGUCGUGAUAGAGAAUGAAAGUUGACAUCUUUUUGCCCAUAAGAGUUAGUGCCUUUUUUUUUUU